AUGCCAACGCUGGCCUUGCGUCAGGACGUCCACCAAAACUCGACAGCAAAAGAAAGCGGAACCACCAAGGCAAUGCAAAUGCAGGACAUGUAUAUGCGCUCCAGAGGCGACCAAAGACUGAACAAGAAAAAUAUCCUAAACCAGACAUUGCCUGGUGUGCAGACACCUCUUGCCGCCAUGAAGAACGGAGAACCCGACCACGGUGGUAUCUUAAUCUACGAUCCGACGAUCUCAGCGGUCAAUUCAUACAAUGGACGUAUAAAGGAUGCCAUAGCACUCACAUCUCGUCGUUGCAUGGUGAACAGUUUUGAGAAUGGAUGCAUAACGUGGAUCAGUAGGAUGGACGAUUAUAGCCGGAGGGGUAGGACAAGAAUCUGUCACCGACACCAGGGCAUGACCAAUUCCUCAGGAGCCGAUGGUAAUGUCGCAAUCAUGCUUCAUCCUAUCAUCCCAAACCUUGUUCCUCGAUCAAUUUUGGGGACUAUAUCUGGGCACACCGACCUAGAAACACGAAGAACGUCGGAUGCGAUCCGCCCGGGUUUCCUACGGCGCCCUACACCAAUACGUGAUCUCCAUCGCACGACCCUGUUACCCCCAACUAUCUGGCGUUGGGUAAACGAAAACGAACUGACGCGAGGGGAGGCGUGUUUUCGACGCGGAAGCACAAGCGCCUCCAAUGGAAGUCAUAUGUAUUCCUUCGUCUCGGGUUUGAUGCUUGGAAAGCGACCGACUUCUGGCACCGGAGCCGAUGCCGAUGGAUUUGGGGACCAAGUACAAGCAGUAAUCAAAUUACCAACAGUGCACCCAGUUCAGGCAGCCUCAGGUACUACUCCUCGGCGGGAGUCGCAUUGCGGCGAAGCUCGCCCAAAUAAUCAAUCAUCCAUCAUUCACGAAUUAGCAACCUUUAUGUCACCGGUCGAUGCUGAGAUAGAGAGGCACGGAGAUGACUGUUUAAUCGUCCACAUAGCAGUCGUAGAAGAGGGGCAGGGUAUCUAUAUUAUCCGGGCAUAUUGCGCACUGUUGUUCAACCUUUCAACCUUGACGCGCGGCAAAAAUAACGGCGCGCUUCGCGAAAAGCUGGGAGGCAGAAUCCGACAAUUAGGGGCGCGUGGAGAAGGAUCCUUCUACGGAUUUGGCCAUAUCUGUUUCAAGGAGAGAAAGGAACUACCGACGAUCAAAGUUUCCGGUAGCGUAGUUGGGAUCAAGGAUGGUCGUCAGCCCGCGCUGGCCUUGGUGAAUGCAAGGAGGGGACGGGAAAAAGAUGCACAUGAUAUCCAACCCCACAUAGCCUUCAGUCCACGCGGGUCAGUGUUCACAAACGUGCAAUUGUAUUGGGGAGGUCCUGGAACAACUCGCGGACAUACUGGCGUUGCGUGUCAUCGAUACCCGGAUGUUCGGUGUUCCGUCGGGGCCGGCAGGAUUACUCGUCGUGUUGCACCUCGUGCCAAGCAUGUGUGGAGCCCUCAUGUCGUCGCCACACAUCCGGCAACCUUCGGAUCAGUAGAUGCGGAGGUCCUUGUCGUAUUUGGGACCACGUCAACGACCCAGAGUGUCUCUGGCCGGAGAUUAAGUGUACAAGUAGCAUAUCCGUCCACAUCUACUUCACAGCUACUUUGCGGAGUGCAACGUGUUGAUGCGACGAUUGCGCGCAGCCGGAUGGACGAGCUCCUUCCGGUCCAGUGUGGUCUUCAUUGUAUUUUCGUCAGUCACAAGCCUAGAUCUUGGAUGGGUGUCUACCCCUGGGAAGAACUGAGCGUAUCUAUCCUGGUGAGAGUGGGUAAUUUAAUGUUGGUUCCUAUGCAAUGCCUGGCGUCCUUAUCUCUCAAAGAAGCUAGCUACUUCUGA